CAUUUGACACACUAUAAAUCUAUUUAUACAAAUAUUUGCUUUUAUUGUUAAUAAAGAAGAAACAAAACUGAAAUUAUUAUUAGCAAAAGCUAUGGCAGUAGAGCUCCAAAUUGCAAACCAUGGAAGAGAAUACAAUGGAAAGAUGACUUCUAUUGUGAUUCUAUCUUGUAUGGUAGCUGCCACUGGAGGCAUUAUCUUUGGUUAUGAUAUAGGAAUUUCAGGUGGUGUAACAUCUAUGGUGCCAUUUUUGGAGAAGUUUUUUCCAGAUGUAUACACUAAGAUGAAACAAGACAAGAAGAUUAGCAACUACUGCAAAUUUGAUAGUCAACUUCUAACAACGUUCACUUCAUCACUAUAUAUAGCUGGUCUUUUAGCAUCUUUUUUUGCAUCAUCGGUCACAAGAGUGUUCGGUCGAAAACCAUCGAUUCUCGUAGGUGGUGCUGCAUUUCUUGUUGGAGCAGCUCUUGGUGGUGCUGCUCUUAAUAUUUAUAUGUUGAUACUUGGUAGAGUUCUUCUUGGUGUUGGAAUCGGUUUCGCUAAUCAGUCAGUCCCAUUAUAUCUAUCAGAAAUGGCACUUCCAAGAUACAGAGGAGCAAUCAACAAUGGCUUCCAACUAUGUGUUGGAAUUGGAGUUCUAUCAGCAAAUUUAAUCAACUUCGGUACAGAAAAAAUCAAAGACGGUUACGGCUGGAGAAUUUCUCUAGCCAUGGCAGCAGUUCCAGCUUCAAUCCUCACAUUAGGAGCAUUUUUUCUCCCAGAAACACCAAACAGCAUAAUCCAAAACAGCAAAAACCAUCAAAAAGCUAAGUUAAUGUUGCAAUCCAUAAGAGGCGCAAACGAUGUCGAACAAGAGUUCGAUGAUCUUAUUGUAGCAAGUAACAUGUCAGACUCUAUCAAACAUCCAUUCAAGAACAUCUUGCAAAGAAAAUAUAGACCUCAACUUGUCAUGGCAGUAACCAUACCUUUUUUUCAACAAUUCACCGGAAUCAAUGUCAUUUCGUUCUAUGCUCCUAUACUAUUCCUAACCAUUGGAUUAGGCGAAAGCGCUUCACUUUUGUCUGCGGUUAUGAUCGGUAUCGUAGGUACUACUUCAACAUUCAUCUCAAUGCUUAUAGUCGAUAAACUAGGUAGAAGAGUUCUGUUCAUAUCAGGUGGAAUUCAAAUGUUUUUCUCGCAGAUUCUUAUCGGAAGUAUAAUGGCAUUUCAACUCGGUGAUCAAGGUGAAAUAAGCAAGAAAUACGUAUACUUGAUUCUAGUUUUGAUAUGUAUAUAUGUAGCGGGAUUCGCUUGGUCUUGGGGGCCAUUAGGAUGGUUGGUUCCUAGCGAGAUUUUUCCGUUGGAGAUAAGAUCAGCAGCACAAAGUAUAACAGUUGCAGUGAAUUUUCUGUUUACUUUCAUUGUUGCUCAAACUUUUUUGACUAUGUUAUGUCAUUUCAAGUAUGGAACUUUCUUCUUUUUCGGAGGUUGGGUGGUUGUGAUGACAGUGUUUGUUUAUUUUCUGUUACCGGAAACCAAGAAUGUUCCGAUUGAGCAGAUGGAUAAGGUUUGGAGAGAGCAUUUGUUUUGGAAGAGGAUUGUUGGAGACAAGAGUGACAAUGGCAGACAAACAGUGUAGUUUUAUUGUUGUAAGCAUCUAAAUGUCCUCUCGAACCUACUCGAUUUUUUUCGUAACCAUGUCAUAGGUACGAAGUAUUUACAAAUGUGUUUGGUUUUUGAAAGAGUAUUGCAAGAAAAAACAAAGAAAAAAGUUGACGGUA